AAGAAUUUCCCUAUUUCACAUCAUAAUUCAAUAAAAUUAUCAUUUGUUGUUAAAUGGCCAUGAGCAAUUUUUGUCGUUGUUGCCUGCUGCGGCCUCCUGAAAAAAACUUGAAGAAACCUUAUACACGUUUGGGCAAAACUGAAAUAUAUUCGAAUAUGCUCAAGGAAUGUUUCGAGAUACAUUUAACUUACCUGCCAAAUGAUGACGAGUGUGGUAUCUGCGAGGUGUGCGUGGGGCGGCUGCGGGACGCGAGCGACUUCAAGCUGCAAGUGCAGCGUAGCCAAGACGAGAUGCGGUCAUGUCUAAGGCGAAAAUGCCAUGUUAAAGUAGAAGAAGAUUCACCGAAGGCGGAAAUGUCAGAUGAUUUUAACGCUAUUCAAGAGGAGCUUGUACACGUUGCUAUAGAAGUCAAGACGGAGGUUGAUCCCUUACCGACUGAGGAGAUUGAGGAGUUCAAGCUAUUUAUGACAGACCUCGAAAACCAGACAUUAGAUGUUUGCAAACAAGAACCGGCCUCUGAAAUUCCUACAAAUGAACAGAGUCAUGUGACGUCCCCAAAGAGUUGCAUCACUGAGGUGCUUGGUCAUGGCAUGAAGCUAAAAAAGGAACGCAAGACCCGGACAAGCGCGAGAAACAAAAACGCACCAUACAAAUGCGAUACCUGCGGAAGACAGUUUAGGAGGGAAGUGGGGUUAAAUAUUCACAAAAAAACUCACACUAGAGAAGACUUUCUUUGUGAAAUAUGCAACAAAAAAUUUAAAAUAAAAUCACAUUUAGACCUGCAUAAGAAAUUUCACCCUGGGGACAAACCUUUUUGGUGUGGAAAAUGUAAGAAAAACUUUUCAGACAAGUCUAGCUUGAACAAACAUAAACGCACACAUAAUGGUGAAAAACCCUUCGCGUGCGAUAUAUGCAAGGCGAGAUAUACUCAAAAACAAAACCUCAUUUCGCAUAUGGCGUUACACACGGGUUUGAAACAUUUUCGUUGCAACUUAUGUCCAGUAAAGUUUAAGGAUCAUUUAAGUUUAAGGACACAUAUUAGAAAGAAUCACAUUAGUCCGACCUACUAUACCUGCGAUGAAUGCCAAAGAGUGUUCUGCUAUAGAGGUGAAUUAAUUAGGCAUAUGAAUAAUACACAUUACAAGUGGACUAUUUAUGCUUGCGACAUUUGCGGUUUGACACUUGCGACUAAGUAUGGUCUGCGACGGCAUAAAAUAGUUCACACCGGUGAGAAAGCAUACACCUGCGAAAUGUGUAACAAACAAUUUAGUCACAAGCAAGGCCUGAAUGCUCACAUACUAACACACACCGGCGAGAGACCACACUGCUGCGAAGUAUGCGGGAAACAAUUUUCACAAAGGAAUAACUUAAAGAAGCAUUUGCAAAUACAUGUGGAAGGAAAAAUAUAUGCGUGCCAACUUUGUACCAAAUCGUAUUCGACUUCAGAAGGUUUAAGGCAGCACAGGCGAACUCACAUGAAGAAUAAUCAAGUUAAACGUUGA